UUAAUCUACUAUCAUGGUAAAGCUAGAGAAGCAGUAUGCGCUCACCUUAAAUAAUCCACCUUUGCAUUGUUUUAAGAAAAUAAAAUCAGUUUCUAGUUUCCAUAAGGAAAAUAAAAAUCGAUGGAACCGUCUCUUGAGCAUGUGAUGCUCGUAUCUUUCCCAGGCCAAGGUAACAUAAACCCUCUACUUCGUCUCGGAAAGCUCAUAGCUUCGAAAGGCCUACUGGUCACCUUUGUCACCACAGAGCAGCCAUGGGGAGAGAAGAUGCGUCAAGCCAACAAGAUUCAAGACGGCGUGCUCAAACCGGUCGGUUUAGGUUUCCUCCGGUUCGAGUUCUUCAACGAUGGGUUAGCAGACGAUGACGAAAAAAGAACCAACUUCCAAGCCUUCCGACCACACCUUGAACUUGUCGGAAAACGGGAGAUCAAGAACCUCAUCAAGAGAAACGAGCAAGAGGAAAAGCAACCUGUGAGGUGUCUUAUAAACAACGCUUUUGUGCCGUGGGUGUGUGACGUGGCUGAUGAGCUUCUUAUCCCUUCGGCUGUUCUUUGGGUCCAGUCUUGCGCUUGUCUCACCGCUUAUUAUUAUUACCACCACCGGUUAGUUAAGUUUCCGACCAAAACUGAGCCGGAGAUUAACGUUGAAAUCCCAAGCUUACCGUUGUUGAAGCAUGACGAGAUCCCAAGCUUCCUUCACCCUUCAUCUCCCUUUGCAGCUUAUGGAGAAGUCAUUUUAGACCUGCUCAAGCGACUUGAAAACCACAAGCCUCUCUUUGUUUUCAUCGACACUUUUCAAGAACUAGAAAAAGAGAUCAUUGACCACAUGUCUAACCUUUGUCCUCAAGUCAAGUUUAGCCCUCUCGGUCCUCUCUUCAAGAUGGCUCAAACCAUAAGCUCUGACGUUAAGGGAGACAUCUCUGCCCCAGCGAGUGACUGCAUGGAGUGGCUCGACUCGAGAGAACCAUCCUCAGUCGUCUAUAUCUCCUUUGGGACUAUAGUCCACUUGAAGCAAGAGCAGUUCGAGGAGAUCGCUCAUGGUGUUUUGUGUUCUGGUUUGUCGUUCUUAUGGGUGGUUCGGCCUCCUAUGGAAGGGUCAAGCGUGAAACCAUAUGUUUUGCCUCCUGAGCUUGAAGAGAAAGGGAAGAUCGUUGAAUGGUGUCCUCAAGAGAGAGUGUUGGCUCAUCCUGCGGUUGCUUGCUUCUUAAGUCACUGCGGAUGGAACUCGACAAUGGAGGCUCUGUCUUCGGGAGUUCCCAUGGUCUGUUUUCCGAUGUGGGGAGAUCAGGUUACUGAUGCUGUGUACUUGGUUGAUGUUUUCAAGACAGGAGUGAGACUUGGUCGCGGAGCGGCUGAGGAGAAGAUUGUUCUGAGGGAGGUUGUGUCGGAGAAGCUGCUUGAGGCCACCGUUGGGGAAAAGGCGGUGGAGCUUAGAGAAAGCGCGCGGAGGUGGAAGGAAGAAGCGGAGGCAGCCGUGGCGUACGGUGGAUCAUCGGAUAGGAACUUUCAAGAGUUUGUGGACGAGUUGGUUACGAAAUCUGUGGCGAGAAAAGACAACGGAGAAUACUCAUGAUGAUGUCACGUAAUAUUCCAAAUUGUUGAUGUAACUCCGAAACCUAGACACCACUACAGUAUUCAUAUUAUCUUUUUCUUUUUCUUUUUCUUUUUCUUUUAUCAAUAACACAUCAAAUCCCAUCUCA